AGUUGGUACUAUACUACAACACCACCGCCGUUGGUUCCAUCUUUCAGAUCAACAUGUGCGUCGAUGAGGUUGGCGAUGCAACUGUUUCAUGUUAUGUAGAUCAUUCCUGCAAAUUGUUUUGCUUUUAAAGAUGGGUAAAUUGAAUGUAUCUAUGCUACGAUACCUCUCGUCUGAGGAAUUCAGAGUUCUUACAGCGGUAAGGAAAGAUAAUUUUCCACGUUUAUCCUAAACAUAGUCUAUUUGACAAAAUGUUUGUAUUUCAAAGAAAGAAAUGUUGACAUUAGAAAAAACGAUCCAGUUAUUAAAAUAAAUCAGUGAUUCUAGCAUGCCUUUAUUUAGGUACUGUAAGAUUCUUGGGUUUAUAAUCAUACAGGAAUCACUAGAGAACAUUUUUAUCAAAAAGUGAAGUGUUAGUCUGUAAUAGUAUUAUCGUGACAUCCGUGUACAUUUCAACUUUGCUAAGCUGUGGAUGUCUAUGGUCUCUUGCAGUCGUCUUUAAGUUUGUUUUAAUGGGUCAAUAAACAAUAUGUUAUCGCAGGCACAUCUUUGUCGUAUUUUUUUUAACCAGUGGUCCUGCUGUAUGCUGCUCUGUUUAAGGUAUUUUUUUGGCAAGAAUGCACGAACACAUUCUCUUUCCUCUUAUUUUAGGUUGAAAUGGGUAUGAAGAAUCAUGAAUUGGUACCUUCCCCUCUUGUAGCUUCAAUUGCUGACCUAAAACACGGUGGCUCCCACAAAAUUCUACGUGAACUCACCAAACAUAAAUUGGUUUGUUAUGAAAAGUCUGGCCGUGGUAAGACGAAAUAAAAAUGUCUGUAGGAGAUAUUUGAAUUAAAAAAGUGAGCGAAUAGAAGUUGCGUAAAUGGUGCAUCAAAUCGAUAGGAAUUCUGGAGAGAACUGCUUUUAAUAUUUGAUUGUUUCAGUUCUGUCAAUUGAAGGUAAAGAUGUAAUUGUUUCAUUUCAUACUCCUCAGUGCUGAAGGGAUAAGAAGCAAACAUGAAAUUGGACAUUUACUAAACAAUCAAAACUGCCCUGUUUAUAUAUUUAAGCUUAACACCCAUUCAUAUUAAUUAUCUUAUUUGGCAAAAGGAAGUGUCUUCCAACAAGUUUUGUCUUGAGAAAGUAACUUAUUAUUAGUAUGUAUCAGUAAUGGUCUAAUUUGUGUUAGAAUUACUGUUUAACUUACUAAUGCUAGUGCUGAUUAUUUUCUGACAAAGUUGAAGGCUACAGACUUACAUUCAGUGGAUAUGACUACCUUGCUCUGAAGGCUUUGACAACAAGAGGAAGUGUCCAAUCAGUUGGCAAUCAAAUUGGUGUUGGAAAGGAGUCAGGUAUUUAAUGAUACUUCUUUUCUUCAUAUUACACCAAAUUUCAAGUUGCCAAAAGGGGUAAGCAAAUAAACUACUUUUUCCUCACUCAAUAUUACUGUAUUUCUUUGAUUAAGUGCUUCCUUCUUACAGAUGCCACCCAGAAUUAAAAGCCACAGAUGAACAAUGAACUAAGCUUAAUCAUGGGGUUAUUAUAAGUACUUCAGUGUUUUCAUCAUUUUAGUAUACCUUUAUCACUUUUGUUUAAAAUCUUGAAUGCUUCUACUUAAUUGAAGCAUAUAAGUCAGAAAAAAAUCAGUUUUUGUCAGACAAGAAAAUUAGAAUUCACUUCCUAAUAUGGAAUUAGUUCUGUUGAAUCUUCAUUUAAUCCAAAAUGAUCGAACUGUUAUAUCAUAAUAGGUUUUGUAGACAACAAGUGUGCAAUUGCAAUUUUUCGGUAUCAGACCCUAUGGAAAUGGGGAUGCCAUAACUUACAAACAGUCCAAAUACUUAAGAAGGCUGAUCAUAACUAUAUUGAGGAAAGGGUACCUUGGUUGAACAACUGCUACCUUACUUUUGUAACUUUUACAACUCCAUGUCAGAAAACUCAAAGUCAAUGGCAAUUGCAGGUUUUUUGUGCAAUUUUGUCACCUUCAAGCUGUCUUCAAUCUACAGGGGAUUGAAAUGUGUAAAUUUACCCAGAUGUUAAUUUUUUGUAAGGCAGUUAAAUAUUUUUUUAGUGGGUUAGGGUUACAUAGUAUACAUAUAGGUUUGUUAGAUUCAUUUUUUGUACAACUUAUAAAUAUACAUUUGGUCUUCUGUUAUUUGUAGAUAUUUUUAUCAUUGCUGAUGAAGAAGAGAACCAGCAUGCUCUCAAAUUACACAGGUUUGUGUGGAGAUGAUACAUAGUUUGGUUCCGCUCUGCAAGUCUUUUUUUAAGCAAUGAGGUUGACUGAGAUAUGCAAAACUAUUUGGACUCACUGGUAUUGGACAGGCUGACUGAAUAAAUGCUGUUGACGAGGCAAACCAAGAUGGCACGGUUUAGUGGAUUCCCUCAGAAUGUGGUGAAAUUUAUAUUGGCAAAACUUAAAAACCUAUGUAGUACAGAAUCAGGGAGCAUGACAGAGACAUUUGCCUCUUGGAGACCCAGACCAUGGCUGCUUCAGAAGAAGCCCACAACAAUGGACACUAAUUACUCAGGAACAAAGUAAAGUUUAAUGAUUGUGAUCCUCCUUGUUUAACUUAAUGGUGAAAGAGGCAAGCUACGCUGGACUUAACCCCAACAAUAUCAGCACAGACAGAAGAAUGUAUGCCAAUAGUCAAGAGACACAUCCAAAGAAGAGCUGUUGUUCAGCAGACCCUUGAAGGAACAUUUCCUAGAAAUUGGUCAAUCAAAGCUGUUGAAUACCAGUCAAUUAAAGCCAAAAAUAAUGGCCAUAGGGUGACACAUAUAAAGUAAACCUCGUUGGCUGAAAAACACCAGCAGUAUGUGGAUCAGUCGCUGAAAUGUCAUGGUCUUGUUAGAAAGGACAACUACAGGAGACAAACAAUGAGUUUGUUACCCAUGAACUUUUUGAACUACCGUUCUUGUCCACAAUCACUGUUGCAUUUUUUUAUCGCAUACACUUUUGGCUUUGUGUUGUUGAUAACUGUUCGCAGCAGCUUCUUCCCUACAGUUCUGUCUAUUUAGUAACAAUCAGAAAAUGAUGUUGGGUUCAAAUGUAACAUUAUUAUAGCCUAUAAAAAGGGAAUUAAUAAACACUCUUUUUAUUUUACUUAAUAUUUUAUUUUCAUUUAUCACUUAACUUCAUUAAUAGACUUGGACGAACAUCUUUUCGCAAGCUCAAGCAGAAGCGGGACUACUUGAAACAUCGUAAAAAUGUCUCAUGGCUUUAUCUGUCACGUUUAGCUGCCGUCAAAGAAUAUGCUUACAUGAAGGUACUGUGAGAAUAUAUCUUUUUAAUUUUUCAUACAGAGUUGAUAGAUUGUUUAUUCCUUUCCAAAAAAAAGAGCAGUUGGAGAACUAACCAAUACUUUUCAUUUGGAGUUAUUUAGGUCAGAUAAUUUGCUGAGCUAUUGUGAAAACAAAUCUGGAACCAAUUUGAUCUGUGAAAAUGUUGUAAUCAUGUUAAUUUUUGUUCUAUUAUUAGGCCCUUCAUGACAAUGGAUAUCCUGUUCCAAGACCAAUUGAUUUUAAUCGUCAUGCUGUAGUUAUGGAACUUGUUGAUGGACACCCACUGUGAGUUGUAGUUUUUAAACUUGCUGUGAGUCAAGUUCAGUCCUGUCCUUAACUGUAGUUUUUUUGUAACUCUGGUUAUUCCUUCCUGUGAAAUAACCUACAAAUGAGUGUGUCCUUACUUUGUGGAAUUUCAAAAUGAUGAUAUUUUAAUGGGGAUGACUCUCUGUAUUUAGUUUACAGCUGCUUCAGAUGUGCAGUUUUGAAUGUCAGGGGGUAGCAUACACUGUAUUAUCUUGUGAUGAUAUCCCAGAUUACUUUACCUUCCUCAGGUGUCAAGUUCAUGAUGUUUCUGAUCCGUCAGAGUUAUACAGUGACUUAAUGGAGUUGAUUGUACGACUUGGAAGCUUUGGUCUGAUUCACUGUGAUUUUAAUGAAUUCAACUUAAUCAUCAAUGACAGAGACCAAGUAACAGUUAUUGAUUUUCCACAGAUGGUGUCAAUAUCCCAUCCAAAUGCACAGUGGUAAGCCAUUUCACAGUUUUGUGCAUAUACACACACACAAAACCCACAAUUCCUCCAUUUGCUCUGACAAAGGGCUGACGCUUAAAAUGUCAGCCUUAAAACUCUUAACUGUGGCCAGUUUACAGUAUCAGCUCAGUUGAUAAUAUCAAAUUGCCUUGUUAUACUCUCCCACAGAUGCAGCACCACAGUUUCUUUAGUAAGUAAGGUUGUAAGGGCUAGGUUAAAAAAAAAAGGUCACCAAAAUCUUAGCGUUACCUAAUAAGUUAUUAAUUAUUAGGGUUAGAAAUGAAAGUACUUCAGAUCAUUCUUAUUCUUGAAUGUCACCAAUAAUUGAUUUUAUUAAUUUGUCUCUUUGGGAAACCACCCUCAGUCAAGCACUCAGAUAAAGCUAAAUUAUUUGCUAGUUAGGUAUCAUUGUGUUUUAGUGUAUGAGGCUAUGAUGAUGUACCCACUGGUAUUCUCUUGUCAUCAUUUUGGUUUUGGUGAAAUGACAGGCAAAUGAAAAGCUACAUGUACAUAAAUUGUAAAUCAAACUCAAGAGUUUGUUAACAGGGAUUGCAUGUUUCCUGACUUUUAUCAACUGGUGAUUAAUUAUAAAAACCUUUGUGCUGUGUAAUAAUAAUAAAAUGUAAGGUGGAGGAUGAUGAAAAAUAAUCAAGAGAUAAAAAAUAAAAGAAACUUGCAUAGUAUAGAGUAACGACAAAGCAUUACAAACUUCAUUUAGUCUUUUUUUCUUCCUUGUUCAAGGUAUUUUGACAGAGAUGUACAGUGCAUUAGAGAUUUCUUUUUUCGGAGAUUUUCUUAUUCAAGUGAACUCUAUCCUCAGUUUGCUGACAUAAAGUAAGUUAAAAAAGUUGAGCUAGAAUGUUAUGAGAACAGUUAAAUGAACAGUGACUCACUUGGAAUAAUGCUGAGCUUCUCUGGAAGACUGUUGUGUGCUAUUUAUAGUAAGUUUUCAAUAUUUCAUUAGGUUCUAACUUUCUCCCCACAGACGACUCCAUAACUUGGAUGUUGAAGUGGAAGCCAGUGGUUUUACAAGAGACAUGUCUGAUUCAUUUGAUGAGGUAUGUCAUAACACCACCCAAUGCUGGAUGGGGGUGAAGGGGAAGGGGGGGGGAGCAGGCUCUCACGAAAACCUUUUCUUACUUUUAAGGUGGCUGGAUGUAAUACUUAAAGUGUAUUAGAUAGCACUCUUAUUGGACUGAGGAAGAUGUUAGGGAAAGGUAUUAUUUCUAGUAUUAGAUAGCACUCUUAUUGGACUGAGGAAGAUGUUUGGGAAACGUAUUAUAUCUGGUAUUAGAUAGUACUCCUAUAGACUGAGGAAGAUGUCUGGGAAACGUAUUAUUUCUUUCUAAUGUCAUUUGAUGGAAAAGCUGAUUGAUUUGUUCGAUAUGCGACGAGGCUUUGCACACUGCUUUUCACGAAUUUAAGGAAACUCUCAAGCAUGUUUUCCAACAAGUUCAAGCUUAGUCAUAUUUAGAAUAAAUAAACAGGGAUACGUUUCCUCCUUGACGAUUCGCAUUUACAAUGGGAACACCAAUACUUUAUAUUCAGACACAGAACCUCUAUAUACCACAGGCUACAGCUGACUUCAACGCUUGUGAGGGUGGCAGUGUUAGGAAAGCAGAUAAUGAAGAGAAAAAUACAUCAGAUGAACAAGACGAAAGUGACAACGAUGACAUAGCUGAGCAAAGCUUGGAAGGUUGGUGGGAUCUAUAGUCAAUACAGGUGUGAAAGUAGGUUGGAAGGGCAUUUGUAUGUGUUACCUUCGAAAUAGUGCCUUAAAAUAAAUCACAUGUAAAAUGUCCAACAGUUGGUGGCAAACGUGCCUACUUAUCACAAUAUAUUGAAUGCCUUUCAUUUCCCUUUUUUCUACUUUAAGAUAACUCAGUGGAAACUCGGGGACCCGAACAUGACCUCUCCAACGAGCAAGACUCGAAAACGAGCAAAGAAAUCCCAAAAAAAGAACAGAGCGAGGACUGGGAUUUAAAAGAGCUGAGUAAUCAAAACAAACUAUAUUGGCCUUACCGUGAUACAAAGAGUCACGUGGUGGGCAAUAGCCCGGAUGAUGAUGCUAGCAACCAAUCGAAACCCUUGACUGCGUCACCAAUAGAUUCCAAAGAAAUAAGAACCAGAGUAAAAAAGAGUUUAGAAAAGAAACAGAGAGAGAUGCGGAGGAGAAAACGAGGCGAAUCUUCGGCAGUUACUCGAUCAAGGAGGGAAAAUAGAGAAGCUGUCAAUCAUGGAGCACAGGCCUGGAAUGACGGCUGGUGA